CAGAAAGCUACAACGGAUAAUCAUUGUAAAGAUGAAUGGGUACAGCAGCUAAAAGGAAAAGCUACCCCUCUCCUCCCCCCACUUCUUUUCAAAUUUCAAACGGAAAACCACUUUCACCAAAUUUAAAUAACAAAAUAUCAUCCUUUUCUUUAUGACAUGUUUUUAAGCACUCAAUAGAAAAGGAAAAGAUGGUAUAGGUGACAAACAUUAUAAGGCUUCGUUAAGAAGAAGAAGAGAGGAUCACGAAACGAGAAGGUAGAAAAAUGACUACAGCGAGAUUCAUCAAGUGUGUGACGGUCGGGGACGGGGCCGUUGGAAAAACUUGUAUGCUCAUUUCAUACACAAGUAACACGUUUCCGACGGACUAUGUUCCAACCGUGUUCGACAAUUUCAGUGCUAAUGUCGUGGUAGAUGGGAGUACUGUUAAUCUUGGGUUAUGGGAUACUGCAGGGCAGGAGGAUUACAACAGAUUAAGGCCUUUAAGUUACAGAGGAGCUGAUGUGUUUCUAUUGGCUUUCUCUCUUAUCAGCAAAGCGAGCUAUGAAAAUAUUGCCAAAAAGUGGAUCCCUGAACUUAGGCACUAUGCACCAACAGUUCCGAUUGUACUAGUUGGGACUAAGCUUGAUUUGAGGGAGGAUAAACAGUUUCUGAUUGACCAUCCUGUUGCGACACCAAUAUCAAGUGCUCAGGGCGAGGAUUUGAAGAAGGCGAUCGGCGCAGCCAUGUAUAUCGAAUGUAGCUCCAAAACUCAACAGAAUGUGAAGACUGUAUUUGAUGCUGCAAUCAAAGUUGUUUUACGGCCUCCUAAACAAAAGAAACGGCAAAAGAAAUCAAGAUCGUGUGUGUUUCUCUGAAUAGAAAUUGUCAUAAUCCUCAAGUCGAUUUAUAUUUUUACGACACACUUACUAUUUUAAUGGCCCUACUAAGGUUCUUCGUCUCUCUCGAUUACUCUACCUAAUGAUGCAAAAAAAUGUACUAUUACAUUUGUUGGCGAUUUCUACGGCGUUAGUACUUGUCAUUUUUCUUUAGUUCUGGCUUUUUAUGUCUCUAUAUACGUAUUGCUAUCUCCAAAUGUAAAAUGUACUCAUUCCCUUAUUCCUUCUAGACUAAAGUAACGUACUACUAUAAAUUUUGUUGUAUUGAUGUUUAUAUUUCAUAAUUGUGAGAAAUGGUCUACUGUAAAUUUGAGAUGCUCAAUCCAAUGAAAAUGAAUGGAUACAAUUAUGUAGGCAA